UAUACAGCAGAGGAAUAAUGAAAAAAAAAUGGUGUGAGAUUGCCACUCCUACAAGUUUUGUGUGUGUGCGCAUAAAAAGUUGAAUCCCUCUGAUUCGGUAAUUGAAUCAAUGGCGAGCGCCAUGGUAGAGGAUACUGCGAGCUUUGAAGAUGAUCAGUUGGCGUCUAUGAGCACCGACGACGUCGUCAGAGCUUCUCGUCUCCUCGAAAACGAGAUUCGCAUUCUCAAGGAAGAGUUGCAGAGAACCAACCUGGAAUUGGAAUCGUACAAGGAUAAGAUAAAAGAGAAUCAGGAGAAGAUUAAACUUAAUAAGCAGUUGCCCUACCUCGUUGGCAACAUUGUUGAGAUAUUGGAAAUGAACCCAGAAGAUGAAGCUGAAGAAGAUGGGGCCAACAUUGAUCUUGACUCCCAAAGGAAAGGAAAAUGUGUUGUGCUAAAGACAUCUACUCGACAGACAAUUUUUCUUCCUGUUGUUGGGCUUGUUGAUCCUGACACGUUAAAACCUGGUGAUCUUGUUGGUGUUAACAAAGACAGUUACUUAAUCUUGGAUACACUGCCUUCUGAGUAUGAUUCACGAGUUAAGGCCAUGGAAGUUGAUGAAAAGCCAACGGAGGACUACAAUGACAUUGGUGGGUUAGAGAAGCAGAUCCAAGAAUUAGUUGAAGCCAUUGUUUUGCCAAUGACCCACAAGGAGAGGUUCCAGAAAUUAGGAGUUCGUCCACCAAAGGGAGUGCUCUUAUAUGGACCUCCAGGGACUGGAAAAACAUUAAUGGCCCGUGCUUGUGCAGCGCAAACAAAUGCCACUUUUCUGAAGUUGGCAGGUCCCCAGCUGGUCCAGAUGUUUAUAGGAGAUGGAGCAAAACUUGUCCGAGAUGCCUUUCAGCUGGCAAAAGAGAAGUCUCCAUGCAUUAUAUUUAUAGAUGAAAUUGAUGCAAUUGGAACAAAGCGAUUUGAUAGUGAAGUAAGUGGAGACAGGGAGGUACAGCGAACGAUGCUUGAAUUGCUCAACCAGCUUGAUGGUUUUAGUAGUGAUGACCGGAUUAAGGUGAUUGCAGCAACAAACCGUGCUGACAUUCUUGAUCCUGCCCUUAUGCGUUCUGGUCGAUUGGAUCGAAAAAUUGAGUUCCCACACCCAACUGAAGAAGCAAGAGCCCGAAUACUGCAGAUCCAUUCUCGGAAAAUGAAUGUUCACCCAGAUGUCAACUUUGAAGAACUAGCUCGGUCCACAGAUGAUUUCAACGGAGCACAACUUAAAGCUGUCUGUGUUGAGGCUGGCAUGUUGGCCCUUCGCCGUGAUGCAACUGAGGUGAACCAUGAGGACUUUAAUGAAGGCAUCAUCCAAGUCCAAGCAAAAAAGAAAUCAAGCUUGAAUUAUUAUGCAUAGGCACUCAUCUCAAUGAAAAAUGAGCAUUGAUGUUUGACUUUUGUUUGCUAUUAUGAUCUCACUUGAAUCAUAUAUAACGUAGAACUUGCUAUCAUCUUUUAAAACAGUAAUUUGGUCUCAAAUUCUUAGAAGUAGCUUUACAUGUUUUA